UCGACCAGACUGGUUGCACUUGUUCUGAUUUAUGGCAUUUGUGGCAAAUAAAGAAAUUGUGUCAUAAUUGUAUGAAAAAUGUGUGUGAUACAUUUGUUUUGAAAGUGUGCGAAAUAUCUAUUGAAAUCGCAAAUGAAAGAGUCGUUGAAAGGAAGUAAAAAAAUUCAGUGUUGACGCACGUGCUCACGUGCUGCUAUAAACAGCUGAUAAAGAAAACAUUUAUGAUUAAUUUGUUUGCAGCACAUGAUAACUUGGUUUGCAUGGUCGUUUUAAUAUUUGUAUUAAUAUAACGAAAGUAGAAAUAAAACAUAAAAUAUUCCAUCUCGGCAGCCAUUUGUUGAAUAUCGCGCAUGUGUGCACAUAAUAAUAUGAAAUUAUUUUUUCUACACGGAAAAUCGAAAUUAGCAGACAUAGAAUUGAAGAUGUCCUCUAAGGAAAAUUCUCCUAGGGAGUCUCCAAUUGAUUCACUAACAUGCAGCCUGGAAAAUGAUGAAAAUUCAUGCGGUAAAUGUGGGUCCACGUUUAAUCAGCCUAAGAUCUUGACCUGUCUGCAUGUGUUCUGUCAGUCCUGUUUGGAAAAGGAAAUUGAAGAGAAAGAAGAAAAUGAACCAAAAGAUGUUAUUGUUUGUCCUAAAUGUAAGCAGGAAACAACUAUUCCCAAGAAAGGGAUCCAAGAGUUGCCGAUUGACCAUGUGACAAUAGAUCUACUGGAGAUGUCAGCUAUGAAUGAGAUGAAACUUGUCUGCACCAGCUGUAAAGCUAAGGAGAAGGCUGUUGCCAGAUGCUGUGAUUGUGCAAGUUAUCUGUGUGAGAACUGUGUCACAGCUCACCAGUUUAUGAGAUGUUUCGAUAAUCAUAAGGUUGUGAAGUUUGAUGACAUGCAGGAUACAGAGACAGUUUCUUUUCAUAAGCCAAUAUUCUGUUCCAGUCAUCCAACAGAAAAAAUGAAAUUUUUCUGCAUGACUUGUCAGGUUCCAAUUUGCAAUGAGUGUAUGUUAGCAGACCAUAAGCAACCAAAUCACCAUUAUGAGAGAAUUACUGACAUUGAAGAGUCUCAGAGAAGUGAUUUUGAUGUGCUUAUAACAGAGUGUAAGAGUAAGGUGUCAGCAUGUAAUGAGGCAUCAUCUUCCCUUGAAAAUUCUCUGUCAGACCUACAGAUGCAGAGAGAUGAUGCUAAAGGGCUAAUUCAAGAAACAUUCCAGACAUACAGAACUGUACUUGAAAUACAAAAGGAAAAGAUGUUGGAGGAACUAGAAAAUCGUCAUUCUUGCCAAGAACUUGCCAUAAUGGAAUUGUUCCACAAUGUUGAGAAAACUUCUGAGAAAAUUGAGGACUGUUGCACUUUUGCUGAAAGAGUUCUGAAGCAUGGAAAUGGUUUACAACUAUUGAUGAUGAAGAAAAUGAUCAUGUCACAGUUACUUAAACUUAUCAACAAUACUCCAAAAGCUGAUGUUAACGUUAACAUUGAGUUCCACACUGAUGGCAAAGUCUUCCAAGAUGCAGUAGAGAAUACUUUCGGUUCAUUCACCAAGGAAACCCCCAAGCAACCAGAGCGACCAUCCUCUUCACUGCAUUCCUCUUUUGAGAAUGAAGGUUUUAACAUGCCACCACAUAUGAUGAAUGAUCACAGUAUGAUGCCACCACCAAUGUCAAGUGCCAGCUAUAUGUCCAACAAUAUGUCAAACAAUCUACUACAAGAAACUGAGGCAAACAACAUGGGACUUGGCCUGACAAAUGUUGGAAAUUUCCAUAAUAUUGGCUCAUCUAUGAAUCCUCCGAUGCAUGGUGCAAUUACCGGUGGUACCCAGUCAAUGGUUGAAGGGUCCAGUUUGUCUAGAAGCUCUCAUAGUCCUGCCAUGUCUGACAGUGGGAUAUCUGUUGAUGCUGCCAGUAACAACAGUGGUUCCAGUGUACAGCCAAUGUUUAACAAUAUAGCAGCCUUAGCUCAGAUGGGAUCAGUUGGCGGCUUUGGUGGUCCUAGAGGGAGCCACUCAGUGACACCUAUUACCAGUAGUCCUGAUAUUCAACACAAUCUGCUGAAUCCACCAACACCAAGAUCACAGACACCUAAUCUGGAUGCUCUCGACAGACUGGUACAAAACAACCCUCAACCUCCCAUUGGAACUAUUGGAGCAGGGAUGAGUAGUGUGGGAACUAUUGGUAGCAACAUUGGACCAAUAGGAUCUUCUUCUAACAUGACCAGUCUCAGCAACAUAAUGACAAGUUCUACCGGAAGUUUAACAAGUGGAAGUGGAAUGAACAGUCCAGGAAGUAGUAUUGGACAAUAUCCACCUGUCAGGAGGAGUAACAAAACCAGUGCCAUGCAGAUCAGGUGUAAAUUUGGACAGCUUGGACCUGGCAAAGGACAGUUUAAUUCACCACAUGGAUUUUGUCUUGGACAGGAAGAAAACAUUGUAGUGGCAGAUACUAACAACCACAGAAUUCAGUGUUUUGAGAAAACUGGUGAAUUUCAGUAUCAGUUUGGAAUUCCAGGCAGAGAGGAAGGACAGCUGUGGUAUCCAAGAAAAGUGGCAGUGAUGAGAAAUUCUGGAAAGUUUGUUGUCUGUGACCGUGGAAAUGAAAGAUCAAGAAUGCAGAUCUUCACCAAAAAUGGUCAUUUUGUGAAGAAAAUUGCCAUAAGAUACAUAGACAUUGUUGCUGGCUUAGCUAUUACUCAACAAGGACACAUUGUAGCAGUUGACAGUGUUUCUCCUACUGUAUUCUGUAUAACUGAGGCUGGAGACCUUCUCAAGUGGUUUGACUGUAGUGAUUACAUGAGAGAGCCAUCAGAUAUAGCCAUUAGUGGAAAAGACUAUUUUGUCUGUGAUUUCAAGGGUCAUUGUGUUGUUGUUUUCAAUGAAGAAGGUCAUUUCAUUAGGAGAAUUGGAUGUGAGAACAUCACCAACUACCCUAAUGGUAUUGAUAUCAGUGAUGCCGGGGAUGUGUUGAUUGGAGAUAGCCAUGGUAACAGAUUCCAUGUUGCUGUAUUCCAGAGAGAUGGAUCAUUGAUUGGAGAGUUUGAAUGUCCCUACGUGAAAGUGAGCCGUUGCUGUGGAUUGAAGAUUACAUCAGAAGGAUAUGUAGUCACUCUUGCUAAAAACAAUCACCAUGUGCUGGUACUUAAUACCUUAUACAUAGUUUAAUCAGCUCAAUGGAGAAGAGGAGCAAGAGAAUGUAAAAAAAGAGAAUAUUUUUGAAAAUACGUAUGUUAAAAAGUGCUUAGUUUAUUUUACUGUUUAGCAGUGCUUUUGAAAAUAUGGAAAGCAGUUGAAGCUUCUUGUAUUUAAAGAUUACACCUUGGUGGUCAUUUAUAUACGUUUUAUAUACAUAUUAUAAAAGGGCUAUACAGGGCCUUGUUGUAGCCACUGUGUUAAUAUACUUUAUUUUUUUCUUUGUUUUUCUUUUAGUUGCAAUUUUUAUACACAGAUUAAUACUAAUAAGAAUUUACAUAAUUUUAUUUUAUAGCAAAUGUUGUUUACCUAUCAUAAUGCAACUUGUAUAUUAAUAUACAUUUAAAAUGGACUCUCUUUAGUAGUAGUAGAUGGUUAUCCAAUAAUGAAAAUAAGUGAAAUUACCAUCUGCACUAUUUUUUAUCCAAGAGCUAAGCUUCUGAUUUAAUGAUAUUAAAAUAUACUAAUAUUUUAGAUGAUUAAAAUAAAUUUGAAAAAAACAGAGUCUCUUACUUGUAAUUUUUACUGUUUUAAAAUGAUUAAUACCUGGUUAAACCAAAACAUAUGCAUAUAAUGAAUUCCCACAUCUGAAAAUAAUAUUAAAUACAAAUUAUGUAAGGAACAACUAAUUGUACAUAUGCAUUGAUGUUACAAGUAAGAGACUCUGUCCAAAUCUACGUUAUAUGUCAUUAUCUCGUUGAUGUAGAUCCUAUUUGAUAACAUAAAAUGUUUGUCAGAUAUUGCAAGACAAGAAAUUUUUAUUCUCAGGAAUUUUUUAUUUAUUUUUGAUUGACCAUACAUUCAGAAUACAAUUCAAAAGAUGAAAUGUCACUUAAAAAAUCAAGUGAAAAGUUAAUCUUUGCAUGUAGUGCAUGCUUUAUAAUGAAAUUUUUACCAUAGAAUAUAAGUGCAAAAAAGAUGCAUAAAAAUUGUAAUGCUGUAGAAUUUUUAUGCAGAAGUGUUUUUGUAUUAACUCUAGUCACAUACUCAGAUUAUAUUUAACAUGACCAGUUUUUGCUGUGCCUUACAAAGGGAUUUGAUUUUUAAUUAUUUUUUUCUGUGUUCAUUCUAAUUGAUGGCUUUACAAAUUGAUAUCAUAUUUUGUGACUGGUGAUGUUGAUCAUUUACACAUAUUAAAAAGAUAUAUAUAUCUAUAUAUUUACACUUACAUUGUAUUAUUAUUAGUUGUAUUUUUUAAAACAUGUUCUUAUAUUUUAUUGUUUAGAACCAGAUUGCUCAUAAAGUCAUUUUUCGUUGAUCAUUCAUUUAACAAAAUUGUAGAAAUGUCUUACCCACCAUCUAUAGCAUGCUGCUAAAAAUUGUUGGUGUAACUGUACUUUACUUUUACACUAUUUAAAAAAAAAAUCAAACAAAUAAAAGUAUGUAUAGGGGCUAGUGUCUAGGAUUAUAUACAUUUCAUUUACAGAAAUAUUUCUUUAUGUAUUCUAAUAAUGUAUAUUUUAUUCAGUAUAUUUUUUCUUUUUUCUGGAAAAGUUUGAAAAGAAACUAUUUAAAAAUGAGGCUCCCUUUUGAGUCCAUUUUUAAAAGCUACUUAUUUAGUCUCAUAUUUUCACUUUUCAUUAUAAUGACAAUCUAGUUUUAGUGGUUACAACGAGCUUUUCAUUAUUCAUUAUUAACACUGACUGAUUUUAGUCCGUUAAAAAUAUGUUUUCAUGUUCCAAUGUUAGAAAAAUGUAUUGAAAAAAAAAAUUAAAAAAAUAAUAAAAUAAUAUUUUGAGGUUAUUCAAAACACUGUUGUUAUUUUAUUUGUGGAAAAUUUUCAAUGGGUACAAGAGAUUAACCUAUUAAAGAAUGUUAUUUACUGAUUUGAAUAACCUCAACAACAAAAAAAUGUAUAAAAAUAUAUGAUGUUUUGAAAAUAUUUUUAAUAUUUCAAUGCUUUCAAAUUUUGACUGUUUGCAUUUAAAAUAUUUUGAUUGUUCAUUUUUUUUCUUAAUUGUUAAAAUGUUACUGUGAAUAAGUUGAAUGUCUAUGCCAAGAAUCUUUCAUAGAUAAGAUGUACAACUAUAGGGUUUAGGGUAAUUUACAUGGUUCAUUUUCACAUCCUUUAUAUUUUAUGUGGAAGUAAACUUUGUAUGGCUGAUGAUCCUAUGAAGCAAUUUUAUUUUUUUUACUUUUGAGUGCCAUCUUUUAUUAAUACCAGAACAAGACUGUUACAGGAUAGAUAUUAUAAACAUUUAUAAAUUAGCUUUUGUUUUGCCUGUAGAACUUACCAAGUUUUGCCUGUAGAACUUACCAAGCACAGAAGGGAAGACAUGAUUAGGGUCAGUUUUUCUAAUGUUUUAUAUGUAAGAUUUUUUUAUUUACCCAGAUGAAGUUUCCUUUAGCACAAGAACAUUUGCUGGUUGUCUUGAUUCAAGUUUUCUCCUAGAAAUAAUCAAAUGGGGAUUAAAUCACUUCCAAUCAAAAGAUAAUGACCUCAUUUGAAACAUUAAAAGCAAAAAUUGCUAUAAGUUUGCUUUACAGUUGCAGUUUAGAUAUAAUGAAAGACUUUAAAUUGCAUAGGCUUGUCAAUGGAUGUAUUACAAUAAAUUGUUGUCUUUGUCCAUCGGUUUAUAUUAUGUGAUAACUCUAGUUACUUUUUUCAAUCUUGUGAAUUUAUUUUACAUUUUUUAAAUCGAGAGACAAGCUGCCUUUUUUCAGAAUUGUUAUUCAAUAGAUUCAGGAAUUAAAAAGUUUGAGAAUACAAGUCAUAUCUCUUAAAUUUAGUUUUCUUUAAGGGAACUUAUUUUUCAUGCCGGUCAAAGACUGGCUGUUUUUGAUAUAUAUACCAUUGUCCGUCCACAGGUUCUUCAAAGACUAGAGAAUGCUCUCAUCGAAUUUCAUGAAAGCUGAUAUGAAUUAGUUAAAUGGAUGGAAUAAGUAUCUCUUUGGAUUUUUAAAAUUUUAAGCUGUCUGAUUUAAGUUGAAGAUGAGUGCUUUGGUGGAUUUACUUGAAAUUUUAAGCUGUUUCGGAUGGUUGUUAAAUGUAGUCUUUUUUUUUUUACCAUUUUUGAAAUUUUUCUUGCAUAUCAUUCCAGAGUUCUUGGCAUGAACCAUCAGAAUAGAGGAAUAUUGCACCAGUUGCUUUCCACUUUAAAGUAUUUUUUAUCAAAUUAUUUCUACCUAAGCAAAACUUCCAUCUAGUUUUCCAGCCAUUUUCAGACUUCUUAUUUUAUGCCUUCCGAAAAAAAGCCAAUUAAUUUUUGGAACAAUUUUCAGGAAUUCUAGGUGUCCUUUAUGCCCCUAGCACAGUUGUUACAUUACAUAACCUUAAAACUUAAAAUGAGCUUUAUUUUGAUAUCAAAUUUCAAAUUUGACAUCUGUUAGACUAAUAUAUUUGAAUAAUUGAAAAUAAUUAUAUAAUUAGGAAUAUGUCCGAUAACAAAAUUAUCUGCAUCUUAUUGUUUGGAAAUUUUGUAAUACAACAUUAUUGUCUUUGAAUGAAAUUUUUCAAUUUCAUUUUGUUUAUAUCUAAAUUGUAAUUCUUUAGUUUAUUAGGCUAGUCAUAAUUGAAGUACGUUAAUUGAGUUACAGUGAGAUGUGUCACCCCAGAUUAUUACAUGGUUUUGAUUCUAAGCAGUUACUCUUAAAUACCACAUUCUCUUGGAGAAGUAUCUAUUUGAAACUUGAUAAUAAUUUCAAAUGGAAACAUGGCAGUUCAAUUAUUUCUAAUAGGGCAGUUGUUCAUUUAAAAAUACCAAUGCAUGGUACUGAUAACAUAGUUUGAUUAGCCUAAAAUAUAAAGUAAAAGUUUUAUAUAGAACACUAAUUUCUAUCCAUGGAAAUAUUUUUUUCUGUAACUUUUGCAGAGUUAUUCAACUAAGUAUAUAUAGUUGCUAUAACACUUGAAUUUUGUUUUGGAUAGUCUUGCCCAAAAUAGCGUUUAAGAAUAUAAAUCAGAUUAUAAUUUAUGUUGAUUUUAAAUACUCCUUUAAAUUAUGAUGGCAGUUCUGCAUAAUAGGUAUAUUCUAUUUUAUACUGUGUUCAAGUACACCUAAAUGAUAUUGUAUAAGUUUGUAAAUACAUGUUUUUUUCUGUCUCAAAUUCACAUGUGAUCAAAAUUUUAUUGUUAUUUUUUGUAUGAUGUUUAAGUAGAUAGUAAAUAAUUAGCAGCAGAAAUAACUGUAACAGUCUUGUUCUGCUACAAAAUCUUGGAAGAGAGACUUAUUAAUAUCAGUAGUAAGUCUUUUGGGGGGUUGGGAAUUAUGUUGUACAGUUAGCAUAUAUUAAAUUGGUGCUUAUUUUCCUUGUAUUGUAAUGUUACAUAUUUACAUGUGUUUUUCAACAAAUUUCCCUAAACAGAUUAUUAUUAUUAUAAUUCAUUUUAUUUUAGUCUUGUAUUUAUAGCAACUUUUCUGUUUUAUUACAUUUUGCUUUAGUCAUUAAUUUUGAGUUUAAUUAAUCCGUGUUAAGUCCACUUAUAUGUUCACUUAAUAACUUUAUUAAUUUUUUUUGUUGAUUCGUUGAUCUAGAUGAAGCAGGUUUAUUAAUAUUUUUGGUUGGUUAUGUUUUUAAUAGCUUGUUAAUCAGUAUUUAGUGCAGAUUUUCAAAUGCUUGGGCAAGAUAUAUAUAUUUAUAUAUACUUGAGGACAAGAGUGUUUUACUUUUGUUUUUUGGUAUUAUUUUUCUUUAUUAUUUUUGAAAAACUUUACUAUUAAUUACACUUUUCAUAUACAGAAAAUUAUAUGUUUAAUCAUUAUUUGCAAUGUGUGUUUUUCAUUUCCACCCAAUGUUAACUGUUUUAAUUAUCGGUAUGAAAUUUUAAUCGAUACACAACCAUGAUCAGAUUGUGUGUUUGUUAGAGUAGUUCCAGUUACUUUUCCAAGUUUUUAUUUUCAUCAAAUAUACUAUUAAAUACUUUACAAGCAUUUACUUUCUAUGUAACAUUUUGUACUUAAAGAAAAUCUAUUAAAAAUUUUAAGGGUUCAUCUGUUACAUUCAUAUUAAUUCUUAUUAUUUAAAUCUUAAAAGAUAUUUGAAUUAUAAUAGUAGGUUCCAUUUGCAGCAGUAUAAAAAUAAGGACAUUAAUGACACGAGACAAUUCCCCAUAUUAAAUUAAGACAUUCUAAAACAUUAAAUGAUUGCUUACAACCUUUACACCUAGAAGGGUAGUCACGAUAUCUUGUUGAACUUGCAUUCAGAAAAUUGUUGAAGGGUGGGUGUUUUUUUCCGUCAAAAUGUAAUUUUAACCAUAUAGUGACUGUCAAACAAAUUAGAAAAGUAACUGGAAACUAUACAGCAUGGUGUUUAUGUACCUGUACAUUUUCAGUAGUACACCAACAAAUAAAAAUCUAAAUGCCAAUGUUGCAACAUAAUGGUUGAUUUGAAGUUUUAAUCAAUUAUUUAUUUAUCCAAGAAAUAAUUACCUGUUUUAGGGAAAUUCAAAUUUAAGUUUACAAGUAUAAUCCAAUCUUAAAAACAAUUUAUAACAAUGUGCUUUUAUUUUUUUGUCAUUCCUAGUUUUUUGUUUAAUUUUGUAAAUGACUUUUGCAAUUAUAUACAAGUUGAUUCAUGUUUAAUUAUAUUAUACAUUUACUUUUUUCUCUGCACAUUAUUCCUGGCUGGUUGCUGUAUAAACUUAUAUAGAUAUACAACUAAUACUAUGCUGAAUUGUACAUAUAAUGCACAUCCCAAUUAACAUUUGAAGUAAAUAUUUAUGUACACAUUGCCCAUCAAAAAACAGUCUUGUAAAAUUUAAAUAAGGAAGAUAUGCAGGGAAACACCAUACAGGCUGAAAUAUUCUCAGCUUUGAAUCAACUUCAAGGUAGAUUUACAAUGUUGGAUAAAUUGCUCAGUGGUAUUUGUUCUAAACAUGCUAUUCUAAAGUUAACAAAAGUGAGGUCGUACAGCGACUAAAUUUUCAAUUAAGGUGGUACCCAACACUUUCACUAAAAUUAAUUUGGCUCGUUUAAUUUUCAAAAAAAUUUGACAAAGUAUUUACUUUGACCCUUUAACAAAAAUUCUAAAAAUUUGAACCAAGCGUUUUAUCAGAAAAAUUACAAUGGUUAUAUAGCAGUUUGACAAACACUAAUUUUGAUCAUUGAGAAGCUUUAUAUUGCAUUCACAACGCAACGUAAUUAAAACGUUUAGCUGAUAUUACAGAGUUAUCUCCCUGUAGUGUUAGGUACCACCUUAACACAACUUUUUUUGUACACAUUGGUAUCAAAAUAUUAAAGACCAUUUGAUGAUUCUAAUAAAAAAAAAUCAAAUUUGCCAGUAAUGACCUAUUUUACUUGUCUGCAACCAAAAUGACUUUAUUCUACUCUACAUUCUUUUUGACAAGUGUGUACAUAUUUGGAUAACAACGCUGAUUACUACCACACAGUUCUGAGAUUAAUAGAAUAGCAUGUUUGGACCUACUUUGUUAUAUGUUUAGGUAUUUACUAUACUGAUGUGAUAUUUUUCAUGGACCAUAUCAGGAUUCUAUAUUUAGCUUUUAACAGUAUUCAUUCCAUGUAUAUAUACACUGUAUUUUUCACAUGUAUUGUUAUAUUCAGCAACCUCAAUAUUUUUCUGAUCAACAUGUAUGCAUUUUUGCCAUGUUCUUAAAGCAAAAUAAAUAUAUAGGUACUGCCUCAUUUGAGGUAUUAUGUAAAAGAGAGAAGACAAAAUUUUGUCCCAUUUACAGACAAAUAUUAAAAUAAGAAAUGCAAUACUUAAUAAAAAAAAGUAUUUUGUUAAUUUUUAUAUCACUGUGGAAUUUUAAAGCCACUCAAAACUUGCCAUAUGUUAACUUUUAUAAACUAUUAAGACAGCAAGCAAUCUUAUCUUUAAACUAAGAAUUCAAGUUAAUCCAGAAAAUAUAUCUUAUAUCCUGCUAUUGCAGGGAAGUUUAACUUGCUUUAGACUGAGACCCAAUAUGAUAUAAUGCACAAGUGUGUUAAGCAUUUAAAUACAAUAGAAAAGUUGGGAAAUUAGUAAUAUUAAAUUUUUAUGAUUGCCUCAGUGCAGGUUUGAGGACUGAACUAUAUACAUGAUAGGAGUAGGUAAAAAACCAAUGAUUUUAAUUGGCACUGUAGGGAUUUACAACAAAUUCAGGGUAUAUUUUAUACAUUUUUAUUCGAAAUCCAGAUGUAAAUUAUAAAAAGAAAAGUUUUUCAUUAUGUAAAAAUAACACUGAAAAAGUAAGAAUAACUUCCAUAGCUGAAGAUUUCAAAAGAUAAGAGAGGACCAAUAUGUGUGCAUGAAAAAAAAUGCUUUUAACUUUCAAGUAAGAAGGAAGGUUUUCAGUAGUUUACUUUUAACUGUAUUUAAAAGUUUAACAGGAUUCUAAUUUCAAAAUUUUUAUGCAAUCAAGGGUUAAUAGUAUGAUUUCUUAGUUAAAAAUGAUAUCCUAUAUUGUUUUACUUCAGAAAAAGUGCCAAUGUUUAUUUUUUUAUUAGGUGAAAACAGCACCAAUAAUAUUCCUAAAUGAAACAAGAUGGUUUCAGAUUAAAUCUUGUUUUAGUAGAAUAUUUUUGUUGCUGAUUUGUUGUUUACUUUUGAUAUAUGUUGGAUUUUAUUGUUUCAUGUUUAUUAAGAAAGUUUUUUCUUAGUUUUUAUUAAUAUAUAUUUUUUUCACCAAAUACUUACAUUAAUAGUGAAUCAUUUUCGAUACAGAUUUUCUUGAAUAUGAAAAAAAAAACGAACUUCAAAAUUUGUCUUGCUUUUGUGGUUUAUUAUAUUACCAUUUUAAUGUACAAAAUGAAUUUAUGAAACGUGCAGUGAGAAAAGUUAAUUAAUUACUCGACAAUGUUGCCUAAAACCAACAUCUGUUUAAUUUUAUCUACAACUUCAUUUGGUCCUCCCACAGUUUAAAGGUAGGCAACUUGUAUAUGAUUCUCAUUAUUUGAUCUCAUUUUGUAAACUUGCUGUAUUGACUUUGCUUUCUGAUUUGGUGUAUUAAACUUAUAUGUGAAGUAAGUAAUUAUUUGAAAAGUAGUUUACAUCCCCUAAAUGUGAUAUCCAAACAUGACAGCUAGCGACAGGAAUAAGUUUUUAACAUAUACCUAUUUUUAUCAGGGUUUUUCUGAAAUUUUUAUUCAAAAUAAUGCAAUGUUUACUAUUGAAAUUAAGAUAUAAAAAAAAAAUGUUGCAUUUAUACAAGCACCUUACAGAAUGCAUUUUUAAUUAACCAUCCAUUCAAAAUUAUCAAUUGCAGAAUUAAAAUAAAUGACUUUUUUGCUUCAAAAUUUAUUUAAAUUACCAAAGAAACAUAAACUUUCCAUUAUAUUUAUGUCCAGACUAUUUGAAACAUUUUACUAUCAUGUUAAAAACAUUCAUAAGCAAAUUAAAAUUGCCUUUUGAUCAAGGAAUAUUGUUUCUAAAAGUAUUGAAAUUGUUUAAUUUUAUAAAUGACUUUAAAUGCAAUAGCAUAUUUAAAUAUACAUGUAUAUCUUCUCAUAUCUAAACAAACAUCUGUAUCCAAAAUGAUAUUCAAACCUGCAGAUAGAAAAACUAUUAUAUAUAUAUUGAUAUAGAUAUUUUUUUACCAUCAGUUCUGGGAUUAAUGCUUUUUAUUUGAAGAAUUUAUUUCAUAUCCAUGUAUGGUGCAUGACAAAUAUGUAUGUAUACUCAGCAUUAUAUUAGUUAUUGAAUCCAACCUAAAGGGAAUAAUUGUGAAUGUUUACACAAGUAUUGACAUAUUUAAUUAAUAUUUUUUGAAUGAAAAAUUACAAAAAAAUCAUUUUAUAAUUUCCUAUUGUUUAUGUCCAGGAAAUUGUAUGCAAUUGGAAUAAAGGUGUUACAUUAA